GGAAGUUGAAUUAUCAGCUGAUCCUGCUGGCUGUUGUUGAUGCCUGAAGUUGCUGUUGUUUGGAGACUGUGUUGCUCUUAUCGGCUCCGGACAUUGGAGACACGUCAAACACGACAAAGGGACGCGGUGGGCAUUUACCGGGCGACGAGCUUACGAGUGAUAAGAGAAGCGUCUCACAACGAGGACUUUGAAUUUGCGCACCAGCGGCAGAAGAGCUAGCUCCAAAGCUUGAACCUUCGCUGGAAGAAGAAAGAAAAACAGCAAAGACAGCCGACGGCUUGGCGUGCUUUCUUUGUUUAUGUCGUGCCAGUCUGAACCGCGAUAUUAAUUUUCUUUGUCUUGAAUUUAGAAUUGUUUUAUUUUUUGUUUUUUUACCUGCACUUGCAUUAUUUAUAUUUAUACUUUAUUACCAUUACGCAGAGGGCAGCUAGCUCGUCAGCUAACGUUAGCCCAUAGCGCAAAAAAACAGUGUUGUUAUCAAGCUUUGACGCUUUCGUAACCGCCCGACAGUGACACAUAACAAUAGCUAACAGUGAGAAUAUUCGGGUUUGGAGACAUUAUUCUCGUGCCUAUGUAUUUUUGGGGUAUUUCUCACUGGACCAGGUGCUCUGUUAGUCUGCUGGAGACACAGGACACAACACUGUAGCCGAACAAGUGGAUGUUCACUCGUUAAAUUGAAGCUUGUUGGAGACGAUUGUGGCCGUUGUUUGGCAGAUCGGUGUAUUUCUGACUUUAAAUCGAGCGAAUUUAGGGCUUUCUUUCUUUCUUUUUUUUUUAUCCGUAUCGAUUUUAAAGCACACCAACAAGUAAUAGGUUAUCUGACAGCUGGCCUUGUGCGUUUUAGGUUGGCUGGCAGGUUGCGUAAUUUGUUUGUGAGCAGGCUGUCAGCCUUUGGGUCACUUGUUAAACUGCUAAUUUAAACGUAUGUAACUGUCAGCUUUGGAUGAUCUCUCUAUCCAGCCUUAGGUAGACUCGUGGGUAUCAUUUGAAAUAUUUAACCCAUUUUAACAUACUUCUUUUGUACCUUUUUUAAUGUCAACAGCACAUGACAUGUGAUAAAGAGGCCACACUUUACUGUAACCCAUAAAUCGAGUAGCUGUUCGAUGCUCACACUGAUGAUUCUAGUUGCUUUAGAGAAUUGAGUAGAUAGCGUUAUGAAUUAAAGGAGCCAUCUGAAACUGUUGUUAGACAGUGUUGUGAUCAGGGAGACACGGGCGAAGAGAAAGGGUCCCUCAGAGGGUCCCACUGUGUCUUGAGGUGAGGUGAGCUGCCCCCCACUACUUGCCAAUGCUGGAUCUGGAGGUGGUGCCUGAGAGAUCACUAGGAAAUGAACAAUGGGAAUUCGCCUUAGGGAUGCCAUUGGCCCAGGCCAUCUCUAUCCUGCAGAAACACUGCCGCAUCAUCAAAAAUGUCCAGGUGCUUUACAGUGAACAGACGCCACUCAGCCAUGACCUCAUACUGAACUUGACUCAGGAUGGGAUUAAACUGCUGUUUGAUGCCACAAAUCAGAGACUCAAGGUGAUCGAAGUGUAUGACCUGAGCAAAGUCAAGUUGAAAUACUGUGGAGUCCAUUUCAACUCUCAGGCCAUUGCCCCCACAAUAGAGCAAAUAGACCAGUCAUUUGGAGCCACGCACCCAGGAGUUUACAAUGCUGCAGAGCAGUUGUUCCAUCUCAACUUUCGAGGACUGUCCUUCUCCUUCCAACUGGACUCAUGGAACGAAGCUCCAAAAUAUGAGCCUAACUUUGCCAUGGGUUUGGCCUCCCUGCAGAUUCCACACGGGGCCAUGGUCAAGAGGAUGCACAUUUACACUGGCAACAACCUGCAAGAAACAAGAGCGCCGGUGAUGCCGCUGGCUUGUUUCCUUGGUAACAUCUAUGCAGAGUGUGUCGACGUCCUGAGGGACCGGGCCGGGCCUCUGGGGCUCAAACUCCGCCUUCUCACUGCAGCUUGUGGUCCUGGUGUGAUGACUGACGCUAAAGUCAGGUCCAUAGAGAGGAGCAUCUACUUUGGAGAUUCCUGUCAGGAUGUACUGGGUGCUCUGGGCUCACCACACAAAGUCUUUUACAAGUCUGAGGACAAGAUGAAGAUCCACUCUCCCUCACCUCACAAGCAGGUUCCUUCUAAAUGUAACGACUACUUUUUCAACUACUUCACCCUUGGAGUGGACAUCCUGUUUGACUCUACAAGUCACCUGGUUAAGAAGUUUGUCCUCCAUACCAACUACCCCGGACAUUACAACUUCAAUAUAUAUCAUCGAUGUGACUUUAAGAUUCCGCUAGUCAUUAAGAAAGAAGGAGCCGAUUCUCAGACAGAGGACUGCAUCUUAACCACCAACAGCAAGUGGGAUCAGAUCCAGGAACUGCUGGGUCACCCAAUGGAAAAACCUGUAGUGCUCCACAGGUCCUCAUCAGCUAAUAACACCAACCCAUUCGGCUCCACGUUCUGCUUUGGACUGCAGAGGAUGAUCUUUGAGGUGAUGCAGAAUAACCACAUAGCGUCAGUGACCCUCUAUGGUGCUCCACGGACCACCAGUCAAGCCCGACCUGAGUCCAGUAGUAGUUCCCACUGAACAAGUAACCAGAACAACAUCCCAUUCUGGUUUGUCCUGAAUCUAGUACCUCUACUGACUGAACCUCUGACCCGGAGCCAGAUUCUUAACCAAGCAGACGUAACCCAGAAAAACAAAGCUAUUCUCGCCCAGCUCAGAUGCGACAGAACAGAAACAACCUGAACCCAGAAUAACCAAAACAACCUUUCCUCAUGGGUCUCACUCUUUCAAUCAGACACACCCAGUCAGCACAGUCAGCCAAACCCAGACUACCCCAGGAACCAAGAUCUGGUUACAUGGUGAUGGUGCUGGAGUCUUGAUGCUUUGAAAUGAAACCCGUGAAAUCAUUUCUUGGUUGUGUGGGAAUCUCCCGGAGGUACUGCAGCAAUCUGUGCUCUGGUAGAGCUCAACGGUUUCCUGGUUCCAUCCAGUGGCCACAGAAGAAGAGUUUGUCCACACUGUAGUUAGGAUGGUUCCACCGGUAAGAUGUAAUAGCAGCCUGUACAUGAUAACAAUAUCCAUAACAUUGUGGAGGCGAGAUGAGAUGAUCAGCAUUAUAACAUCCUCACCUGCUCACAAAUCUGUAAAUGUUCAACAUCAAACAUAGAGUUGUUGACCUAAUGUGGCCGCCAGUGAAAACUGCUGUGCCCAAAGUCUUGAAACAAACUCUGGCUUGACCCAUCAAUCAACCACACUGCCAGCGCAGCCAGUACCGCUUGUCUUCCUGCCACAACUUCAGAACCAGACCUGACUGGCUCAAUCCAAACCCAGAACCCAUCCAGACCGCAACGAACCAAACCAGCCCAGCCGAGCUGAAAGCCAUCAUAGUCAAACACACAUUAGAAGCUGCAGUGGACCGUAACAAAAAAUAAUAAGGAUGCAUGAUUUGUCGUACAAGAGAAGAACCAAACACACUCAGGGUUCGGAGGGACAUGUGGCCCAGAACACACCCACAGCGGCCGGUGACCAGAUGUGAAGCAUCUCAAAGCCGAACGACCCAAACACCCAACAUCCUCUCCCUUCUUCCCAGUCCCUGCUCACGCUUCCUCCACCUUUCUCCAGUGGUGCCCUGAAACACCAGACACAAACACACACACAAACACACACACACACACACACACACACACACACACACUCAAGCACACAGCAGUAAACACUCUGUCUGUUCCCCGCUUACACAACACACACUCGCAUAAAUGAGCAUCUGCAUGUGUUAGGCUGCUGAUUUUUUAACUGACAUUUCAACAGACUUUAAUUCAUACACCCAAACACGGCAUUUCAGUCCCUCCACUACUAUACUCACAUGUAUUUUUAAUACAUGGAAGCUGUUUUAUCUUUUUAGCUUUUUUAAAGCGCGAUACAACAUGAGACAUGCAGGCAUGACACAAGGAUUUUUGCAUGAUCUUGGCAGACGUUUUUUGAACAAGAUGAGACUUAUAACAAGCACAAACCUGUCUGGUUUAUUUUAUCCUGCAUGUUGUGAGGGGACAGGUUUAUUAUUUUUAUUUUCAUUUUCAUUUUUUUUUUUUAAAUUUCUCUCUGCCCUGCUUCAUUCAUUCACACCAUGAUUAUUUUUAUUGAGUUUUUUUUUUCUUUUACAUUUGCACUAAUACACACCUUUUUUACUUGAUGGGUUGAUUGUUCCUUGUCCUCAGCGGUGGAUUCGUGGAGACAUUUGGAGAGCCAGUGGUGUGUGUGUGUGGACGCGAAUGUGUGUGUGUUUUUCUCCAUAACUUCGGACAGAGGAGGGGUCCUGUCAUGGUGCAUGGUGUGUGUAGUCAUGUUCUCUGUGUAACACACUCUCUCUCUCUCUUUUUUUUUCUCUCAUCUGUACAUCUGAUUGAUGUAUCGCAGGUCCUCCCCAUAGCAAUGUCUGCAUUUAUUUCUUUGUUGACUCGCCAAAUGCUGUAGCCAAAGACAUUUCCGAAUGAUUUCAUUUGAUCGGCUGUCAUUAUCAUUGUCAUCUCCUGUCUGAACCUGUCCUAUGGAGAGAGGCUCCUUUUUGUUCUUUUGUUUCUAAUCUGCACAUCAAACCCAUCAACAUGGUAAAACCUUUAAAUUCAGCUCCUGCUCUCUGUGACUGCUGACAGUAAUUAUGCUCACAAAAAGGCACAGUAACAACAAUAACAACCAGUGUCAUUCGACUGGUCAGUGUCUCUUGUAGAGUGGUUAUUAGAGGGCUGUAAUUUAAAGAAUUACCAUUGUUUCUAUGUGGAUUCAGGACAUUUGAACCCAUUUCUGAAAUGGGGAAAGGACUUCAGUCAUUCCUUCAUCAUAACAUUUUGUUUGCAUCUCCCUCCCAAUGUAUGAAUUUAAAAUCGUUUUAAUCAUAAGCAUUUGAAUAAAAACUGUGUAUUAAUUUUAAUACACAUGUUCUCGUUUAUUA